AUGAGUGGAGCGACAUCUCUUGUGAAUUGUUUAUAUUUGUCCAAGCUCAACGGCCUCGUCUCCAUGCCGGCUUACUGCAUCGCCACCGGCCUCGCCAAAGCCUCUGUGAUACUCUACCUCCUCAACUUCACCACGACCGCCAGCCCCCGCGCAAUCCGAAUCAUUGCCUACGCCACAUUGGUCCUGUCGAUCAUCCAGUGUCUAAUUCUUGCCGGCGGCACAAUGGCCUGCGCGGCAAGUCUCCGGGGUCUCCUAGACCUGUUCGGAACGGGCAUCUCCGACCUGCCCACGUGCACCAGGCUUGGUGAGAUUUGGGUCUCAACCGCCAUGAUCAAUUCGUUCACGGACCUGGUGAUAUUGCUGCUUCCUGUGUGGAUACUCCGGCCCCUGCAAGUGGGCAGGGCAAAAAAGAUUGGGGUGCUUGCUAUCCUGAUGGCGGGUGGUUUCGUCGUAGAGCUCUGGGCAGGGAUCGUCUGCGCGUGCCUCCCGGCCCUCCGCCCGUUCUGCAGGCACAUGUGCGGUCUGGUACACGAGAGAACGACACGGACUGGAGGAACCACUUCUGAUGCUUCAGGACGGCGGAGCGGCCUGCACUUUCACAAGUACACGCGACAGACGGAGAUGGAGCUUUCGGCAACCACCAACAACGCGCCGCAUAGACCUCCCAGUCGGGAAUCGUCAAGGCCGAUACAGGGGGUUGUUCGACCUCCAUCGCCCAGCUUGUCUGGCGGCUCGAGGAUAAGAUCUCAAGACAUGGAACAGAGGUCGAUCGAUGAGCAUGUAUAAAAAAUAAUAAUCGUACAUUUUUAAUAAUAC